AUGUCCCCUGUUUCGUUGCUGUUAUUGAUAAUUUGUGACUGGUCUUGCUUUUUCAUUGUCAGUCUUGCUAGAGGUUUGCCAAUUUUACUGAUCUUUUCAGGAAAGCAGCUUUUGUUUUCACUGAUUUCUCUAUUUUAAAUUUCAAUUUUGUUGAUUUCUGCUCUUUAUUAUUUCCUUCCUUCUAGUUGCUUUGGGUUUAUUUUGCUCUCCUUUUCCUAG